AUGGAUAUUUUUAACGACGUGCUGAACAGUGCCAGGUAUAACCCAAAGGUCAGCCCGCGGUGGAACCAAACAAAUACGAUGUGCGUUGAUGUGACAUUUGAGCUGGUGUCUAUCGUUGAGUUGGAUGAUGUCCAGCAGAGUUUUACAUGUAAUGGCUUUCUGGGAUUUGAUUGGGUAGAUGAGAUUGUAGCUAUGACACUCACGACAAAAGAAAUGUCGUUUACGGCCUCUAUUGACAAGGCUGGCGUCUUAUUUUUUACGACCAACGGCGAGUGGGAUUACCUGGGCUCAAACGUUACAGCUUCCUAUAUAGACACGGUGUUUUGGAACUUGUCCUCUGUUGAUAUAACGUUUUUCGUGAAGAGGAGACCCACCUUUCUCCUCAUCAACAUUAUCCUCCCUGUCGUGUUUCUCUCUUUCCUCAAUCUGCUCGUCUUCGUCAUUCCAGUGGAGUCUGGGGACAAAGUCAACUAUGGUAUCACAGUACUUCUGGCACUGUCUGUCUACAUGAGCAUGGUCAGCUCUCUACUGACCAGCUCCUCACUGACCACACCAAAGCUGACCCUCUACCUCUUCAUCCUCCUCAUCAUCUCCAUGCUCACCGUUAUCGACAGCAUCGUCAUUGUCGUACUAGACAAUUUAGAGGAGAAAGAGGGCGUUCAUCUCAAGGCUCAAGAAAAUUUUCAAUCAGCUGUCAGCAAAGUCAAAAUCUUACACAGGGCUGUUACUCCAGUUUCAAAUAUGACAAUGGAUAAAAUCCAUGUCCUACCACAAGGAAAGCAAUCUCUUGUGAACGUCUCGGAAGUGACGUCAUUCAAUGAUGAUGUAACGUCGUCUCAUUCCCCCACGAAGAAAUCAGCUGAUGAAGAAAAAUAUCAUGCGACACCACGCAGAAACAAGUACAAGGUAAUAGGCAAACACAUAGACGCCAUCUCGUUCGUUGUGUUCUUUUUCAUCUGGAUCUCUGUGACUCUGGGCUUCUUGUUUGACAUCGCUUUCUAG